AUGCGCUCACUCAUCAAGGGCCACCGGCGCUCAGACUCGUCUACUUCAGAACCCCAAGGUGGGUAUUCUGAUUUAAACCCCAAGUCUCACCGCUACAAUAAGACGCCUCAGGCGUCACCCAAGGUCCCGUCCAAUUCCCUGAAUAUGCCCCAUUUGACGCCUCCUCAGUACCCAUACCUGGGCUCGCAGCUGACUUUGUCGUCUCCCAAAAAGCUCUUGACUCCCAUCAAAAAGAUGUUCGGGCACCACUCCUCGAAGCAUCAAGCUCCUCUGAGUGGAGAUAUUCUUCAUUCUGCGCUAGCUUCAGAGGGUCCUCCUGCUUCAAAAAAGAGCCCAACCUUGCAUUCUCCUAGAUCCAUGAGCAGUCUAAACGACCUCUCACCACGCCCGCACUGGGCUCUGCAACCCUCCUCACGAUCUCAUAUAUCCCACGUCAGGCACCUGUCAACUUCAUACUUGGAGAAUCUGGCACGCUUUGCUCCACCGAAUGUACUGCUACCCAAUGGUUCUUUCGGUCUAGGACGACCUUUCGAGAGUUCGUCCUCUCUUGAGCUGACAGUUGAAGAGAGGGAGAAGAUGCCCAUAAUAUCUGACAACAAAUUGGCACCUGUGGCUGACUCAGUGCAUCACGGCGAUAGUGACUCCAAUUUGUCCAUUGCCAAGUCUAUCAAUUUCCUGGCGAAGCAGGCUUCGUCUCAGGAAAACUUGGCAGACGGCUCAAGUAAGGUGGCCACGGAUGACUUCUAUCAGGAUGACUCCAGUGAAGAAUCUGACAAUUCGUCGCAGUUCUCUUUUGUCAAGGAUAUAAGAGGUGGCAGAAACACGUCGGUCAAGUACUACAAGACAAAGUCCUCGAAGAGGCAGCUCCCCGAUGGAGUAAAACUGAAUACAUUUGACGUCGAUGAUUUCGGGUAUGAGGAUGACGGCUUGUCGGAUUACGAUUUUGAAAAUAAUGGCCUUGAUGAUGAAGAGGAGGAUGAUGAGUUUGAGAACAAGUACAUGGAGUUCACUGAGCCUGAAUUCGAGGGUGGAAAUUUAAACAAGUAUGAGGACAUGUUGGAUGAAAACGACAUGCGCAGAGCUCUUCUGCCGCCGCCUCCAAUUGUCCCAACGACAUCAUGUCUUCAAAACAGCAGCAGCUCCUUGUCCGAAGAUAUCGAGGUCGAGGAUAGAAAGGCUGACAUGAGUGACUUGUAUAUCACUGCCAAUCUGUCUCACAACUUCAUGACAUCUCACCCUGAGGAUCCUACUUAUGGGGAAGAUUUGUUGGAGUCUUAUAUGGAAAAGACAAAGCUGCCCAGUUCGGAGGUUCAGGCGACACCACACCAAAGGCAACUCUCAUUCUCGCAUAUCCCGGCAUUUUCUGGUUCUGAAAUAUCAUCCCCGUUGAUCAAUGGAGUCACAUUUGGUUUUGAGGGUCUAAAAGGUCGUCAAAAUGUCGUGGCAGGAAGAACAAUUCCUGAAGUCCCUAGGAGUAUGGGUCUUGGAAUUGGGGCAUCCGCCGAAGACGAGCCAGAAAUUCCCAAGCGAAAUCUGAUUAUGGACUUGUUAGGUGCUCUAGAAGGUGGUGACCUUCCUUCUGAGUCCAAUCAAACACCUGCUCAAGCUCGCAAUUCCAUCCAGGAUAUCCAGCAUCUUUUGGCCGAUCUCGAAUCCAGAAAUGAGGAACAGCCGAAGGAAAAGGAGACCAGACGUGCACUGGUUGUAAACAUGAUGGAUACCCUUGCCAAUCUUGCGAAAACCCACGAAGCUGCACCCGCUGAAGAAAAGAAGGAAUUUAGGAGAUCGGUUGCUGAAAUGAUGAAUACUCUAGCUGCACUUGACCUUCAAAAUGGGAUUUCUGCGACGAAGGAAUGCGAUGAAAGAGGAUCGGAGCCUGUGGUUAUGCCAACUCCAACCAAGGAAAAGAGGCAUGAUUCACCUCGCUCUAACAGUUAUCUUGAGGAUAACUCUACUGAAAGCGGGCACCAAUAUCAUCUUGAUGAGGAUAUGUUAUACGAGUGCAAUCAGCUUCCAGAAGACUACGAUUUUGAGCACCAUCAGAAUCAACUUUAUGCCGAGAGUGUUUCUGAGUUCUACCGGUCUAAUUCUUAUAACAAAAAGCCGAAGAAGAUGGUGCAAGAGAAUCUGCUCAGGUCGAACAAGAUUGAUACUCCGCAAAGAACUGUUACUUUCUACAGAAGCAACAGCUUGGGCAACUCCGAUAACUCAAACUCAGGUAGUUUGAGUCGAACAGGCACGGUCUAUUCCGCGACAUCUUUCACGUCGGGUGAAGAAGAUCCAUCGCCUGAGAUGGAGAGAUUUCGGCAAAAAUCACUCCCCUAUGCAUUAAACACCAACUUUCAGUUGAAUGAGAAAAGCUCUGAUUGUCUUAGUCACAAAUCAUUCAACCUCGAACCUAUCACGGAGGGUGAUAGCCCGCAUGUGAAGUGA